AUAUAUAAAUAAAGUUAUAACUGUAAAUAAAACGUGUACUUUCAAUAACUAGAUGGACUCCAGAGGGUUAAAGACACAGUUCUCGGCUGUGGACUCGAGCUGCUGCUGAAGGACGAAAGUUUGCCCGUGUCACAGUGUGUGCGGGGUCGUGUCCUCCUGGCUGGGUGGUGAGCACCGUGGAGGCGGAGUGCAGCCUGUCGGGACUGAGGGACGGACGGACGGUGGCAGACAGAAGACGCAGGCUGCUGUCACAUGCUGGAUGAGCGGCGCCUCGAAGCGGACUUGAAGGGAUGCGGAAUUGAGCUUAAAUAGCACAUUUGUCGAAUGGAGGAUGUUUUGUUUUACUUAAACAUUGAAACAACUGUUAGUGUUAUAAAUUAGAAGCUUUUUGACUCCGCGCGGACGCACCGAGCACGUUCGUUUGAAUAUCGUUACCGGGGAGACGGUUACGACAACUGGCCACUCUGAACUCGUGCGGUCAACAUUUGUGAGGAGUUGAAGCAAAGAAUAAAACCAACUGGGGGAUCAAAUCUACCGUAGCUGAGGAGGACAUCAUACAAAGGCGAGGAUCGAAGCAGCAUGGUUACCACAAAGGGAGCAGGUCUGAACCCCAAUGCUAAAGUUUGGCAGGAGAUCCCUGCACACCAGAAUGACCUCCCUGAAGGGACCGAUGAUUCUCCUUGGCUGCUGAGCUACCCACCUCCCACUGAGAUGAAUGACGGUUACCCAGAUGUUCCCUCUUCAGGGGGAAAAGGCUAUGAUGGCGAAUAUCCUGAUGGCACUCCUGACUAUGCCCCUGUACCCACUGAGGGCAUUGUGAAUGGCACUGACCAAUCUGACUUGGUGUAUGUAGUCUUUGACCCGCAAUGUGAAUCAGCCACAGAUGGUGAUGUGUCUAAGGAACAACCAAUGUCAGAAGAGAGCCGGAGAGAGUCUUUGAAGAAGCAGCUUGAGUUCUGCUUUUCUAGAGAGAACCUAUCUAAGGACAUGUACCUGAUAUCCCAGAUGGACAAGGAUCAGUUUGUUCCCAUCUGGACCAUUGCUUGCAUGGAGGACAUCAAGGCCCUCACUACGGACAUGGACCUCAUUUUGGAUGUACUGCGAGCCUCUCCUACGGUGCAAGUUGAUGAAGCUGGAGAGAAGGUUCGGCCGAACCACAGUCGCUGCAUCAUUAUACUGAGAGAGGUACCAGAGACUACACCAGUUGAGGAAGUGGAGGCUCUCUUUAAGAGUGAAAACUGUCCAAAAGUGUUAAGCGCCGAGUUUGCACACAACAGCAACUGGUACAUAACAUUUCAGUCCGACAUGGAUGCACAAGAGGCUUACAAGUACCUAAGAGAGGAAGUGAAAACAUUCCAGGGAAAACCAAUCAUGGCCCGCAUUAAGGCCAUUAACACAUUCUUUGGUAAGAACGGCUUCCGCAGUGUGGACUCAAGUGUGUACACUCAGCAUGCCCAACCACAGGCUCAGUUUGGCUCCCCAGUCUACAUGCAGCAGCCGUACAGCCCUCCGCAGCAGUACCCUGUAUACCCUGUAGUGACUCCCUCCUGGAACCCUUCAGUCAUGCCUUACUUUGAAACACCACUGGCGCCUUUCCCGCACAGUGGAUUCAUGAAUGGUUACACCACUCCUGGAAACUACAAAGCAAACUCAAACUCCAUCAACACCCUUCGACCAACAAGCAGAAACCAAAACCAUGGUAAGGGUCACCCUAGACCCGGAGACAUACCCCCUUCUUCCUCUUUGGCUCGGGGGCCCUUGAUGGAUGUUCUGACUGGUCCCUUGAGUCCACAGCCCCUCCAGACAUCAGGGACCACUUCAGUUUCUCUGCCCUCUUUCGGCCUUAAAGACACUACUCCACAGACCACCAUACCGGGUGGAUAUCUGAGCGGGGCUGCACGGGGCAGGAGAGGAAGCCACAGAGGCAUGAGGAGGAAAAGAGAAGAUGAAAAUACUACGAGGCCUGUCCCUUUGAUGGAGGCUAAGAUACCACCACCAAAGUUUGACCUGGCAGCUUCCAAUUUUCCUCCAUUGCCUGGAUCUGUGGUCAGUAUGCGGGGAGAAACUUUGCCUGAGAUGCGUCUUUCUGAUGUUGUGCGUGGUCUAAAGGUGACAAACAAGCCUGUGACCCAGAAGGUUAACGAAACCCGUCGCUCAAAUGUCUCUGAAGAAGCUGUAAGCAAACCAGAUCCUGUCACCCCGGUUGAUAAACCUGCUCCAGUGACACCGGUCCCAGCGGCACAGCCAUUCUUAAGCAUUCCGCCUCCAGAAAAGGAAGAGGAUAAAGCUGUACCUGCUAUUCCAAAGGAAAACAUCACCUCGUCCCCACCAGCUGCCUCCCCAACCGCCUCUGAACCUGCUUCGUCCACCAGCAGCCAGUCCGUUUCUACCGAAGCACCUUCACCACCUCCCCCAACUCCAGCAUCUCCAACUUCAGACCUGGGGGAAAGGAAGCUCAGCUAUGCAGAGGUGUGCCAGAGGCUGGCCAAGGAACCGCCACCAGCACAGACACCCUCUUCCUCCCCUCCUGCCUCCUCAGCCAGCCAACCCCUGCAAGAGCUCAAGGUCAACAGGGUCGAGGAGCCUCGGCCGAACUCCAAGUACACUACAGACCAACCACGGAAACCCAGAGACAACAGACCCCCUCGUCAACCUUUACGCUCCUUCAGAGGGGCGAAUGGCCAAGUCAGAAACGGAGGACUGAAGAGUCGGGAGUAUCAGAGAGGCCUGAACACUGGCAAACCUUUCUCCCCACACCGGGGACCCAAACGCAGUGGGAAAGAACAGAACAUUCCCCCAAGGUCACCAAAAUAACUAAAGAAAAAGGACCCUAUAAAAUAUGAACAAUAUCAGAAAUGAAAAAUAUAUAUGUAAAUAUAUAAUAUAUGUAAAUAGACAGAUGAAUAUAUUUCAUUUGACAAACCUUUUCAAAGAAUCUUAAUAUUGUUGCUGACCUGAAAUUAUUGACAAAGACUGAG